UUUAUGCUCUUUGAUUGACAGCUUUGAUUUGGUUGGUUCUUGAUUGGUUUUUUGCUUUUGUUCAGAAAUAAAUAAUUUCCUCCAGUCUCAGUAAAAAUAGCUACUGUCUCUUGAGACUUACGAACUGAACAACUAACAUAUUAUCUGAAAAGUAUAUUAUCCAAACUAUGGGAAGUCCAGAGCGCGAGUUAUGCCCUCCUCCUUCUGAAGAAGACGAACUGACACUCCCUAGAGCAAGUAUAAACAAAAUGAUCAAGGAAUUGGUGCCCUCAGUCCGAGUGGCUUUUGAGUCACGAGAACUGAUAUUGAAUUGCUGUACAGAAUUUAUUCAUUUGCUAAGUUCUGAGGCUAAUGAAGUCUGUAAUCAAAGCAAUAAAAAAACAAUCAAUGCUGAACAUGUUUUGACUGCAUUGGACAGACUAGGAUUUACAGAUUACACAUUAGAAGCAGAAGCUGUGCUCAAAGACUGCAAGGCUGUAGCUGCCAAAAGGAGAAGACAAAGUACUAGGCUGGAAAACUUGGGAAUUCCAGAGGAAGAACUUUUGCGACAACAACAGGAAUUAUUUGCAAAAGCGCGUGAAGAGCAAGCUAAACAAGAACAUCAGCAGUGGUUACUUCUGCAGCAGCAAGGGCUGGUCGGCGCCGACGGGGCAGCUCCGCCGUACAUCCCUCCACCUUCAGCUAACAAACAUGAAGACGACGAGGACGAUGACUAUUCCUAAACAAGGGGCAUUUAAAUAGCUAAUGACUAAAAAGUUUAUAUCAAAAUUUGAUAUUAUCUAACCUGUGAUGAUGGUGGAAAGAGCAAUGAUAAAGAGGUAUUUUCAGAAAACAAAAAUGUAUUAUUUAAUGAUUCUGCUUUCCAAAAGACAUUUUUGGUCAACUAUUAUGAAGGUUUAGUGAAUCAGCUUCAGAGAAUUAGGCUCAGAACAGCAUAAGGGCCUUCAAAGAUGCCACAGUAUUUAUUGGUGUGCUGUUGUCUAUACAAUGUAAACAGUAUGUAUAGUCAGCAACAGGGCCGCAGCACUCCUGCCAGGUGGCACUUGGCAGCAAAUUUGAAGGCUUUACUGCUGUUCACAACCAUAGAGGGGUAAUUUCUUCUAAUAUUGUUCUUUUUUCUUUCUAUGGAAGUUUGUAUUAAAUAAACAAGGCAUUAAAUAAAUGAAUUAAUGUUUA